AUGGUAAAAACUCAAGACAAACAGACAAAAACUAAGGUACAUAAUGAACAAGACAUGGUCAGAGCACUUGGCCCAGGAAGCUACUACCCUUGGAGUGUAAUUGGUACACGCAACCACCGCCAGCACAUCAGUGCCUACCACAUAGUUGCCUUGGCAAGUCAACCACCCAGCAUUCACCCAACUAUUAUACCUGUUCAUAGAUCAGAUGGGGAGUUCUGGAGUGAAGGUCAUGUAGUCAGAAUGGAUCUCUCAGUGUCUGUUCUGUUCUUCUGUGCCUGGAAUCUCUUACACAGUAUCACCCCAGCAUCACUUCCACAAUCUGAAAAAUGCAGUUUAAACCCAGGACAGAUCCAAAGAAAGUUUAUAACUGUUUUCAUGCAAAACAUCUUUCGAAACUCAGAUACAACUUUCCAGCUAUAUCUGGUGACCUGUGAUAAAGCGGCUACAGUUACAGUGUCAGUGUCUCAGCCCUUCUUUAACCAGACGAUCUACAUUGACCAGAACAGUAGUUGCCAGGUGACUUUGGACUAUACAUAUAUGAUCACAGAAAAGGAUAUCACUUCCAAAGUAAUAAUGGUGACAUCGGAUAUGGCCAUAUCUGUAAUUGCAUUUUACACAGCUGUGGUCUCUGCUGAUGCCAUGACCUGUCUACCACAAGAAGACCUGGGUAUGGAAUACUACAUAAUUACUCCUGGGGACCAAACAAGUGGACAGGUUCCAGGAACCAGCAGACAAUUUGCAGUGGCCAAUGGGUUUGAACAUGAUGUCCAAGUGCACAUAACAGUCUCAGGAUCCAUCACAUAUAAUGGGAUAUCCUACACAACUGGAGAUUCAUUCACAUUGUUGCUGAAGAACAGACAAGUCAUUCAGUUUCAAAGUUCAGUGGAUCUAACAGGAACCAAAAUUUCAUCCUCAGCUCCAGUGGCGGUGUUCACUGGUCAUACCUGUUAUAAGGGAAUUAACUCUGCUUGUGAUGCCCUCCUUGAACAGCUCCAUCCUAAGGAGAACUGGGGAAAAAUCUUUGCUGUGUUUCCAUUUUUUACACAUACUCAAGAUGUCAUCAAAAUAAUUGCAGGAAGUGCAGAUACCCUUGUGACUAUUGAUAGCCCAGAAGAUACCACUCAGCAUAGUCUACAGGAAGCUGCCCAUGUCACAAUAACCGCAGACAAAAUACUGCUCAUCAAUGCCACCAAGCCUGUUAUGAUUCUAUAUUUACUCCAAGAAUCUCACUCAACUGGUAUAACAUUUUCUUAUGAUCCGUUUAUUACCACUGUCCCACCAUCAUUACUGGGAAGGAAAUAUUACAAGUUUGUGACACAGUCUGUCUAUGACAACUUCUUCCUCAUUGUUUCUGAGGCAUCUUCAGACUCCGAGUUCUACCUAGAUGGAAAACCCUUAAGUUCUUAUCCAACAACUGUGAAAAAAUUCAAAGGGUUUAGAGGUUGGCAAGUCACAUUGGGUAAAACUGAUGGGCAGUAUGAGAUAUACCAUGAGUUGACCACAUUCACUCUUUAUAUUUAUGGCAUUGGAUCUACUGUAUCUUAUGGAUAUUCAAUGGGCCACGAUUUAUUGUAUCCAGAUCCUCUACUGCUAUUUCCAACACAAGAGGUGGGAUGUGGAUUACGUUGUCUUCCACAUGGUGCUGAGUAUACUCUACCUUCUAGCUUGUUGUCUGAAGCCACCUUAGAUGUUGCAGAUAUUCACCUCAAAGAUCCUCUGUGCCAAGCAGAGCUGAAUGACACUAACUUCCUCAUUAAAAUACCAUACGAUAGAUGUGGAUCUAAAAUUCUGUAUGAGGAUGGGAGAGCCUUUUAUGCUAACACCAUCUACGGAACUAUCCCUGACACAGAUGUUCAUCGUAUUGAGAUAUCAGUACGAUGUGAAAUGAAUAAUAAUUCCCUGGAAUUGAUCAUUAACCCUAAAGUAAAUAAUUUCAUCUGUAAAAGUUACUACAAUGUUUCAAUGAAACUCUACCACAGCAACAGCUUCACUGAUCCGGUUACACUGUAUCCUCAUGAGGUGGAUCUACACAGCAGUCUACAUGUGGAGGUUGAGGUUGAGUCAGAAGAUGAGGAGCUGCAGAUAUUCAUAGAAACCCUCACAGCUUCCCCUUCACUAGAGGACACAAACCUGAAAUAUACAGUCAUCCAGGACGGGUGCUACCAAGACUCCAGCCUACAUGUUCACCAGGUGACAGACCUGCGCCUACAGCGCUUCAGUUUUCAUGUGUUUAAGUUUGAUAACUUCCAUACAGUCUACCUUUCCUGUAUUGUUAUCAUCUGUCACAACUCAACCUCCCCAAAUCGCUGUACUCGACCGUGUUUAACCCAAAGACUGAAACGUGAUGUCCUUACCUCAAAGGAAGAACUUGACACUGCUAGGUUAUCUCAAGGCCCAAUUGUGUUUAGAUCAAGGGAACGAAUCACAGAGAACAACUAUGUCCUAACGCCAGUACUGUCCAUUGUCUUGGGUAUCACCGCGCUACUAGCAGGACUGGGCCUUGUUAUUCAGAAGGAAUAUUACCAAAGAAAGAUGGCGGCCCUUCAACAAAGUGGCAUUGAUCAUUCCUGAAAGAAUUGCCCAUAUACUGACAAUUAAAAUAUCUAUCUGGUCAAAUGAAAUCUGCCCUCCACUGAUCAAAUCUAUAGUCCAGGAAAAACCUCUUCAAAUAAUAAAGGGAUGAUAUGUAUGUAUGUUUAAUCUUCCUAAUUGCAAUGCAUAACACCCAUUUCAUUA